UGUCCUCACUGGGUUGCGUCAUUUGGUCGGGGGUCCAAGAAACCAAUAGGGCCGUUUUCCGUUAGCACGAGCGAGCACCUGCAGACAGGCACGCGAAAGCGUUCUGUUCGAGCCCUUACUGUCCGGCAACGGUCACGCAGCUCGGCGGGCCUUCGCUCUGGUCCUGUGCCCAGUCCUACCACUCGGUCUCGUCGGCUCUCGCCCUUGCAGUCGUGCCCUCUCGGCGCAGAAAUUCGGCUGCCGCCCACCGGGACACGUCAGCAUGAGGACCGGUGGCUCUCAGGCACUCCGUUGUUGAACAUCUGUCGGAAGUCGACGUCGCCUGACCACGGGCUGUCGACUAAUUUCACAGCCUCGCCUACUCUUCGUUACCCAACGACCGUCCGUCCAGGAACGCUGAACAAUGGGAGAGUGGCCUACGUACGAUCCGUCCCAGUAUGCUGUGCCAAGCACUGUGGAAAGUCCAGCGGUUUCGAGCGUUGAUUACAGUAAGACGGCGAGUACUGUCGCUGGGGAGCCCGAGAACCGGAGCAUAUUUGGGGCUGUUGUACUCUGCCUGAUGUUCCUGGGGAUAGUCGCCCUGGUGAUCUUCCUCCUCGUUGGAUCGAUCAAUUCCGACGACGGACAAGAUGACUUCGGCAACAGCGAUGGUGGCGGCGUUGGCGGAGGUGGCGGAAAUGGCGGUGGUGGCGGAGGUGGCGGAAAUGGCGGCGGUGGCGGAGGUGGCGGUGGUGGCGGUAGCAGCCUCCCUCCUCCGGUACCAAUCGUUAUAAUAGUUGGAACGCCAGCCUCGACAACCACGCCUCCAUCAGUAGUACCAGCAAGUGGACCGAGACAACCGGUACUUCCAUCUGGUGGCCCUGUUCCGCAAUCUGGGGGACCUCCAUCUCCACCUGGGGGACCAGUACCUCCACCGGUAAGACGAGCUCCCUCACCAACGGGACCGGCGCCACCAGCGACUUCGAAGCCGAAGCCGACACCGACGACGAAGACGCAGCUGCCGAAAUACCGGGAGCUUCUGUGUACAGUGGGCGAAUCCGCAGUCAUAAAGUCCAUGUACCCUCCAGACAGGAUGUGUACGUACUUGUACUACACACACGUGGUCAUCCUGGGAGACCGCAUACACGCCGCCAAAGUGGAGAACAGCUGGUCGAGUUUCAAGUAUGAGCCCUUGAAAUACGGCAACGUCGACAUGGGAGCCUCCUUCGACUACCGGUACGUCACGGUGGACAAGAUACGAGGUGCCACCCGUGCUAUGACCGAGCUGUACGGUUACAACCGCAUUCGGAACUUCGGCGUGCUCAAUGUCGUCGCGAAGGCCGGUGACAUUCUCAAAGCAGUGCAGUCCAUGAAACCAGUUUUUGACGAGAUCUUUAAGCACUUUAAUGGCUCGCACAAUGUCAUUGCGAUCGGAGUGCGUGACUACAGUAGUCCGAGCAUGGUCAGCUUCGAACAGGCGGUCAAGCUGGCUCUAGAUUCAUUGGCCGUGGACACGGUUAUCGCCAUAUCUUCAGCGAUCUCGGCGGAGAGUAGAGCCGACUGCCGCGCCGUGCCACCGAACAUCCUGUACAGUUCGGCAGAGGAUAAAAACCCGAGCUUGGUCAAGCUAUGGCCCCUGCUGAAAAGGAACGCCACUGACAAACAGACCACAACGCUCGGACUUUCGUUCGAAAUGGGCACGCUGAUUUACGAGCUGACCAGCGACCAAAACGACCUGGCUAGCGCCAUCAACGCUAAAUGCUACAGAGGUUCCCUGACAGGCAGGGAAGCGCUCUGCGGAACGGCAAAGGACGUCGACAAAGGCAAGCAGACGUUGGCCGCACCGUACCUCACGUACGGUGGAUUCCCGACUUCCGGUAACAAGAAGAGAGUCGUCUUCACGGACUACCAGCACUCUGCCACUGAAAGGUUCUUGAACGUCAGUGGCGGAACUGGCAGCGACAACCUUCGCAGUCGAGUGGCCUGGAUGCUGUUCAACGUGCACCUGGAAGACACGGCAAAGACAUGCGGCGGUAUCGAGCCUUUCGAGCUCGAAAAUAGUUUCUGCAAAGCAUUUCUUCCGUCAGGCGAGGGAUGCUGAAACAACGCAGGCGAUUUGAAAGGAGCAAGAUAAACAUGUAAAAAAAUCAAUUUCUGCGCUUCA